ACAUAAUACUAGUAUUAUGUCUUCAAAUAUAUGUCUUAUCUACGCUUUUCUAUCAAAAUUGCCUCAUAAUAGCAGUAUCAAAUUGUCUUCGAUAACCUAUUGUCACACUUUAAUGUCAAUACUAACCGAACCAAUGCAUUUUGCGCUUGGAACUAGUCAUACGAUGUGA